AUGCUAGGGGUGCUCACAUUUCUACAUGCCACGCUCCAUCACUACACGGUGGACCUCGUCUCGCGCGGCGUGAUGCCGAAGGAUCUCGUUGGACUGCGUCUGUGGUUUCAAGGUCCGCACUGGUUGGAGACAUUCGAGGAGUAUUGGAGCAAAGCGAAGCACGAGGAUACCGAAGAUCCGGCCGAAGAACUGUUGGAGAGGAAGAAGAACAUUCUGGUGGUAUCGGAAUCCCCGAAACCUCACCCGCUCAUCGAUCGCUACGCGUGCUAUUGGAAGCUACUGAGGAUCACGGCGUACUGCAUGAGGUUCGCUCGGAAUUGUCAGCGUCGCAAGAAGCCAUCCACAACGUCGUACCUCACCGUUGGCGAGCUGAAGGAGGCUACACUGGCGCUGGUGCGCAGUGUGCAGCAGGAACCUUUCGCCACGGAGAUCAAGGCACUCGCGAACCACCGACUCGUGCCCGCCCAUUCGUCGUUGAAGCUGUUGAACCCGUUUCUAGAUCAGCAGGGCGUACUCCGCGUUGGUGGCCGGCUUAGACUCGCAGGCGAAUCGUUUUCCACCCGGCAUCCCAUGAUACUCCCCAACAGUCACACUUUCACGCGAAAAGUAGCCGUCGCGUACCACGCAAUUUCCCUCCACUCUGGUCCUCGCAUGACGCUCGCUCAAGUUCGCCAGGAGUUUUGGCCGCUAAGUGGCAAGCAACUGGCAACCUACACGUAUCGGAACUGUGUGCGAUGUUUCCGAAGCAACCCUGUCCCUGUCAAGCAACCCCCUGGUCAACUCCCAAAGCCUCGUACAACUCCCUCUCGUCCGUUCAACGUCACCGGUGUAGACUAUUGUGACCCGGUCUACCUGAAGCCCGCACAUCGUCGAGCGGCUGCGCUGAAAGCGUACAUCGCCGUGUUCGUGUGCUUCAGCACAAAAGCUGUCCACCUAGAGCUAGUAGGGGAUCUGACGACCGCGGCGUUUCUUGCGGCUCUGCGACGUUUCGUUGCGCGCCGAGGCCUGCCCUCGGAAGUCCACUUGGACAACGGCCUGAACUAG